AUGCCAGUAACCGAUUACUAUGCUCUUCUUGGUCUCGAACGAAAAUCGGACCGCGAUGAGAUUAAAAAGGCAUAUCGCAAAUUGGCUCUAAAAUACCAUCCAGAAAAGGCUGGAGAGACAUCUAAAGAGCAAUUUGUCAAGGUCUCUGAAGCAUAUGAUGUCCUUUCUGACGCACGACGAAGAGCAGUCUACGAUCAGUCUGGCCUAGAAGGAUUAUCACAUGGUGUACCUAGCAGGCCGGGGUUUGAAGGCUACGACGGCGGCUACAAAUACCAUGGAAAUGCCGAAGAGACAUUUAACGAGUUCUUUGGUGGAAAGAACCCAUACACUGAUUUCUUUUCCGUACACACUGAAACGGGCCCUACCGUCUUCGGAUCCAAAUUUGGAGGCCUCCAUGGCAUGGCCGGUACAGCACCUGCCGCAUCUCGCGAUAGCCCUGCGCCAACAGUCCCAAGCCAUCGUGAUGGACCCAUUCAGGAUUCACCAGUCGAAACAGACCUGUUUGUGACACUAGAAGAAUUAUAUAACGGUGCUGUUAAACGAGUCAAAGUGUCUCGACGUGUCUUGAAUGAAGAUCACGUAACUACAUCUGAGGAUGAGAAGCUGCUGUCCAUUGAAAUCAAGAAGGGGUGGAAGGAUGGGACUAGAGUGACUUUUCCUAAGGAGGGUGAUGAAGGACCGAAUCGUAUUCCUGCUGAUCUAGUAUACAUCAUUCGCACAACACCACAUGACAUAUUUAAACGUCAAGGAGACGAUCUGCACUAUACUGCAGAAGUUUCUCUUAUAAAAGCCUUGACGGGAUCUAUCCUAGACGUUGAGACUUUGGAUGGUCGUUUAUUGAAGAUUCCUGUAUAUGAGAUCGUCCACCCACAAUUCAAGAAGGAAGUGCCUGGCGAAGGGAUGCCUUUAUCACGAAAUCCAAACGAACGAGGAAAGUUGGUGGUUACAUUCAAGACAACCUUCCCUACAUAUUUUUCAGAAGCUCAAAAGAAGGCUUUGAAGGCUGCUUUUGCCAUGUCGUAG